AUGAGCCUAGAAGACUGGGUGGAGCAGCGGUAUGCACGCCCCGUCGUCGUUGUGGAGAGCAGCGCCGCGGCGGAUGCCAUUUGCGCUCGUAAUGGUAUGGACCUCAUUCACCUGCUACGCCUGCACAGCGUGUACGCGGGUGGGCCGCUCUACGCCCGCAUCGGGGACCGCAGUGAACCGGUGGCGUGCAACAAGUUUGGUGUUCGACUGAUGCGCACCGACUGUGUGCGUGACGUUUCGCUGUCCCAGGUGGCACGGCACACUCGACACCUUCUUCGGAACACCGCGGCGUUUGACCUUGCCUACGGGGAGCAACUGGAUGCCGCGCUGCGGGACAUUGUUGAGAAGAAUCGCAGCCGCCACGACGGAUCGCUGCCGCGGCCAGUUCGGGCGGCCCAGCCAUCCACAGAGUCGUCAUCGUCCCUCGCACCGUCAGAGGUGAGUGGCGGGCCAGCAGCGGUGUCGACGCUACUGGAGCGCGCCUGCCCCACGUGGCACCGCGCCUUCAUCCGCGACCUCCACAGCCUCGUGCGGUGCAGCCCCUUCGACACCAUCGACUACCCCAUCGGGGCUCUCUUCGCCGUUGCCACGACCGAGGCCGGGAGCGUCGAGGGGAUCCUUCAGGUCUUCCGUGCCCAGGCAAGGCGCAUUCAAGAGUUGCGCGCCAGCCUCCCAGGCAUGGACACAGAGCUGCACCAGUACUACCUAAUCCUGCACGACAACACGUCACCGCUGACUCCGUCACUGAGCACUGCGCGACACGUUCUGGCAUCUGUGCAGCAGCUCUAUGGGGCGAAUUACUGCGCCCUCAUCAAGGUGAACUCCGUCGUCGACCCGCGCACCGUGAAGAACCUCGAUCCGUCCAUGUGGAUCGCGGCCUCGCCGAUGGUGAUGGACGUGCCGUCUGCGCAAGCACUCCAUCAAGCAGCGGCGCAGGCAGCAGCAGCAGCAGCGGUAUCGUCCACUACCGCCCUCUCCCCAGGUGCCGCUGCUGACCGCCCCCCGGCACUUUCGUUCCGCGUCGUGCACAGAACCUGCGGCACCUGGCCAAACUCGAACACCGCCAUCAUCACCGGGUGCUACAUGAGUCCCGAGGACGUGACGGACGUGCACAACGUCAUGGCCUACUACCUCUCCCAGUCCCUCUUCAAGUUCGUGGAGCGGCGGCUGCGCAUGCUCGACAUGUCCGUGCAGGAUCGCCGCACGACGACGCUGAGUAAGAUGGCGGCGUGGUUCAAGGGCAAGGACGAGGGCCGGCCCCGCACUGCCGACGUGGUCAACAUGCCGAGCGGCUUCGACUCGUCUGCAUCCCCAAGGUAUGUAGCGCACUCGCUGGAGAUGCAGAUGCGGCACUGCGGUGAUCUCUCGCUGGCGCUACACGACCUGAAAGGCGCUAUCUCGUACUACCGCAUGUGCAUCGAGGAGCUGCUCGAGACGCUGGCGUUGCGGCCGUACAACCGGGCCCUCAUCGCGGCUUGCCAAGAGGGCAUUGGCGUGGCGCAGCUCCUGCAAGGCAAGCUGGCGCCCCAGAGCCUGACACCGUGGUACACCGGCCUGACGUCCGCGACGCAGCGGGUGAGCUCGCAGACAAACCGUUGGGAAGUGGCAUGGAACGACUACUUGGCGGCUGGGACGCCAAUGCACGCGGUGCGCGUUGCCUUUCUGCUCUACGAGAGCAGCCGAGUCCGUACCCCGCCCAUGUUGGACCGGUGCCAUGCGAUCCUGACGCACCUGCAGCGGAGCGGCAUCCUGCAGCGGCAAAAUCUGCUGAGUGGCGUCGUGAACGACAUGUUGGCCGGCAUCGCGGCCUUCACGAACGCGCCUUUUCCAGCUGGGUUAGAGAUGCCGCCAGCGAUCCCGAGAGAUUACCCUGUGUACAUGAACCUGCGCCGGUUCGCGCAGCGGCUGCAGCAGGCAGGCGCCCUCUACCGCGCCGACAACUCACUGGAGCAGGCGCUGCGGUGCUAUCUGCGUGUGCUGGAGCUGCUCCGCGCGAUUGACCCGCAAGAGACGUGGGAGACACUCGCCGAGCACCUCUACCUGACCGCCGGCCAGCUCUACAUGCAGCUGGGCCAGGACGUGCGCGGAAUCGCCAUGACAAGCGUCGCCGUCGCGCAAGGGACACCGUUGUAUCGUCACCCUGCUACCGCGCAGCAGGCGUUCGAGGGCUUCUGGGCACAGCAGAAGCGCAUGCUCUCCAGUAUGGGCUACGCUCUGUGCCCGCACAUGCCGAUGCCUCGCAUACUGCGCGGAUCCUUUUGCGUCGACCGCAACUACUACAGCACCGACACGCUGACCGACGACGCGGCGCGCAAGAUGAGCGAGGCAGCAGCAGAGACGGAGUGGCAUAGCAUGGAGAAGCAUCUAAAGAAGACCUACACGGAGACGGUGCUAAGGGCGCACCCGUUCUACCGCUUCCUGGUCUUUCAGGGAGGCGGCAAAUAUGGCUGCGGCGGCGCUGCUCACGGCCGGCGCAGCCAGGGUGGCCACGGUGGGAGCUGUGGCACGGCCAACAACGGCUACCGGUACAACACGGCAGCCGACGAACGCGGCGGGGCCUCGUCGCCGGCGGCGUCGCAGCAAGCAGGUGCACGCCAGGACGACCACGUGUUUCCCAUGGCAGGGGUUGCAUCAGGGAGCGCUCCACAGCCCCAGCGACACUACACGAUCGCAAAGGCCGAGCCACUGGUGCUCAACUUUCUCAUGGAGAACAUCAUCGGUUGCUCGAUUGAGGCGACCGAUUUGACGCUGCUCUACCUCGACUACGCGUCACCGGAGCAGCUGUGGAAGAGCUCGAUGACGCAGACGGUGCGCCUCGAGGCCGGCGCGCGUCGGCGCGUCUCCCUCUCCUUCGACCCUGUGUCGGAGGGCGAAUACGCCAUCAUCGGCCUAUGCUGGUCCUUGCUGGGUCAAGAGGGGUACUACUACUUCGCCACGCGGGAGAGCCGCUCUGGGUAUCCGGAGAGUCUGUACGAGUACGCGAUCGAGAACCCGAUGCCCUCCCUCGAUGCCCCGGAAAACAUCCACGUGAGCGUGACGCCGUCGAAGGCGUGUGUCACGGCCACCUUCCAGCCCCCGAUUCCGGAGCACCUAUACGACGGCGAGUACUUUUACACCAGCCUCGUCGUGCGCAACACCAGCGCAGAGCAGGAUGCAGCGCACGUGGUUCUGCAACGCAGCCCCGGGGCAUCGCAUCUCAUGUACAUCGAGGAAUUCGGCCGGCUGCAAAAUCUCGAGCGGGAGGCUCCGCUGGUGCUGGCAGAGCACCUGAAGGCGCAAGAGACUCGCACCUUCGCCGUCACCAUACGUGCGCAACAUCGGCGAAGCGAUGCGGCGCUGCAGAACACGCCCAACUACUUUUUCCUGCUGCUUGGCUACCUUUCUGGACCCCUGACGGAGCCAGAGAAGGUACCGCCGUGCUUGCUCGCGAGCGCCUUGGAGCUCGACCCCGAGAAUACAACCACGCUGACGGAGUCCUCGCUAACGUCGACGAUUGCGUCGCCGACGUCGAGGACGGCGUCGCCCACGCCACCACUGCCCCAGCAGUUACACAGUCCCACCGCACCUGUUGCGGCCCACAAGGCCGCGGACGGGUCAGCGGUCAUGGUAUGCCUGCACCGGCUGCUGCGCCGGUGCGAAGUCCAGCCGGUCGUGGCAAUGCACUCGACAGUGCUCCCGCCAGCCAACGCGUCACUGCAAACAGCCGUGGUGCUGACGGUAAAGAGCAUUAGCCCACCCGCAGCACGUGCCUCGGUUGCUGCUACUGCCGUGACCGCAAUCACCACCACAAGAGGCGAGCCUGCCUCCAUCACUCCGACAAGCACCUCGGAUGCCGUGCAAGCGAUACCAGUAUCCAGCAGCGGAAGCGCGGCAUCGUCGUGUCACACCCACGCCAGAGGCCCCUCGUACGCGCCAGUGCGCAUUGCCCGCGUAUUGGUCGUGCACAGUCCGCGCUGGGGUGUGGAGCACAAGGGCACGGAGGAGCUGUUUGCGGACCGCGCCGUGCACUGCCUGCUCUCCCACGGAGACUCGCUGACGCUGCCUCUGCUGGUAAGGCGACAACCGCGCGCUGCAGAAGGUGCAGACACGGCGGCGCGGCGCGUGUCGCUGGGCAACGCCGCCGCCACCAGCGCCGGGGCGCAAUACCCGUACAGCGACACGACGUGCAUAGCGCUGGCGAAGGCGCUUCCGUCUCCAGCACGCGCAAAGGCCGUGGAGGAGCACCUCGGUACGUCUGUGUCCCAGUCGGAGCGCAAUCUCUUCUUUCUGCAAACCUCGUGUGUUGGGCCGGGCCACAUCGGCGCACGCCCGUCCGCGGGCGAGGCCGGCGGCGGCUUGGCGUUCUACGUCGACAAGGCCGGGCAACAGAAGGGGGCAAUUAAGACCGCGAAGCAGCGCCGAUGCGACGAGGAGGACGAGGAGCGGCGUCUCUGCGGGGGUCCGAUAGAGCAGUACACCCCACUCGCCAUCGCCGUGGCGUGGGUGCGCGAAGAGGACGGCGGCGCUGAGAGUCGUGAGAAACACAGUGGUGUUGGUGGUGAUCUGCGCCAGCGAGAAGGCCAGGUGUUCCUCUUUGUGGACCCCCUCGAGCAUGUGUACCAGACAGUGGCGCAGCAGCAGAAGCGGCAGUCUGACCAGGAGUCAGCGACGUCGCUGCAGCCCGCCCUCAGCGCCGUCACGGCUGGCGUGUCGGCGGAACAAGCCCAGCAAGAGCUCUGUGAGGCGAUGCUGGUGCGCUACACCAGUCUCAAGCGCUGGCAUGGCGCCUUGGUGUCGCACGUUCAGGCACCACCAGUCGUGCGAGUCACGAAGGGCCAUCGAUUGGACAAGACUAUUGCUGCCCCAGUACCGGUGACGCUGCGCUGCCUGUCAUUGGCACCGGUGCCGCUGCUCGUGACUGCUGAGGCGCUGCCGCCAUCUGUGCCGCACCAUUCUCUCUCCUCCCUGAAGCACGCUCACAGAGAGGGAGCGAGGGGCGACCAGACCGCCAGCCCUGCCAUAACACCACCACCCCCGUCUCCUCCGGCAGCGAUGACGGCGAGCGGAUCCGAUGUGCCGGUGCUAUUUGUAGGAAAGACAGUACACACAUUCUUGCUGAUGCCGAGCGAGGAGUACGAGGUGCAGUUCACGGCGCUCGCACUGCGUCCUGGGCUGGUGGACUGCCAGCGCAUCUCUCUCAGUGCGGCCUCCAUCUGCUACUUGCACAGCACCUCUGAAAAAGACGACGGCGCUGACGAGAUGCGGGGCACGGACGGUGCGCAGCCGCUCAUGUGCACUGGUAUGACACUUCCGUCUCUCAUCCGCGCCUUGCGGAGUCACAAGACGCCGUCGGCGGCGCCCAGAACUGCACCACGCGUGUUGCCCUCAAACCGGCAGCAGUGUGGGCGACAGCGACCCGGCGACGACGCAGGCGUGCGCAGCGGCGCGGAACGGUGCGGACGCCGGCGAGCCCUGCAGGGGUAUCUGCCGGCUGCAGUGCAUAGAAGUGUGAUGACGCUGGUGGAACGCUACGGCACCCGGACGGCGGAAUUGGUGCACCAGCUUGCCCCUCUCGGCCCGGCCGGUGGUGCGACAGUCAGCCAGGUGAUGCCGUACACCGCGCCUGCUCUAACCCGCGUCAUUAUGGUCGAUGACCACGCCGCUACGCCGACUGUCGCGGGGAAGGGUGCUGGGGUGGCGGUGCGGAACGCCGCACCCGCUGCUGCUCCUGUCGCGACCGUGAGCGCCACCUCCACCGCGGCGGCUGCAGCGACGCGCUCGCAUGAUGCCGCUCGCAAAUUCUUCCGCCAGCUGGAAAUCUUCGAAACGGAGCUCCAGAGAGCGAGACUCGGCAACGUGUCGGACCCCCAUGGACUGCAAUACGUGUACCGCCCCACCGUCAAGAUGGCGGAAGCCGGCACGUCUAGGGCCGGCUACUGCACAGCCAACAGCUCCUUUGCCACGCCCAAGUCGGCCACCAGCGUCGCAGGCGUCGGUAGCAGCGCGGCAGCCCCUCUGCACACCCCCUCCUGGGGCACGCCACUGAUGCCAGCGGCAGCGCCGUCACCCCUAACGGAAGAAACUGUGACCAUGGGCAACGGAGGGGCUGCGGCACCUAACAGUGCCGGUGGCUCCUGGGUGACCGAUGUGGCCUCGGCAACGUCGCGCAAGAUGGACAGCCUUGCGCGGCCCGCGGUUGUGACCGCCUUCAGCGCCAAAGGAACCUUGUCCUCGGUCCGCUCACCCGCGCAGCAGCCGUGCGACAAUGCCGAGGAGCUGGGCAGUCCUCUGCACCUCCCCGCAGUGGCGUUCGAGAGCCAUGCGGCGGAGGCGGCAUUCACCCUCGAUAUCAGUGAGACGACCUCACCCUUGCAGGGGUCGCACGAUGGUCCGCAUCCGCUGAGCGGCGCUGACGGGAUGGGCAGUGUUGAAUCCAUGGCAGAGUUAGCGGUGCGCGAAGACUCGGACCCUCUGUGCGUAGCUGGCACCAAGACGCAGGUCGACCUCGUGUCUCCGGCGCGGCAGCUGCGCUCGAACAAUGUCGACUUUUCGGGUGCCGCUGACACAUGCAACGGCACCGAAAUGCUGAUGAACGCCAAUGAUGCCAAGGAUACGGAAACGUGUACUUCGCCGGCAGCGAGGAGCGCGUCUGCGCUGCUACGGCACUCACAAGAAGCAGAGCACUCCGCUUUCGCCGCUCCGGCAUACGACCGGCUAUCGCGGUCCUCUGCUUCUGGCACAGCAGCCGCUUCCCCACCUGGCUUCACCGCUGACGUCACUGCAGGCAUCCCCCCACCCUCCCCGUCGUCCUCGUCCUCCUCGCCAUCGAGAACAGCCGAAGUCGACGCGACGACGCCACCAACAGGAAUGCGCAACAGUGCAGCUGAAUGA